UUUUGUUUAAUUGUAUUCGUCCGAAUGUCCUUAAAUACAUCUGGUCCCUCUUUUCUUUCUCUCUCUCACCCUCACUUCCCUUUCGGUUUCACAUCCCAACUUACUUUCUAUCUGUUUCUUACACUGCCUUUCAUUUCCUGAUUGCAAUACUGAUACAAUGGCGGGUACCAGUGGACACAAUGGAGCCACGGAAGGUAGCAAUGGCCAGGCGGCUUCUCGUCGACCUCUCCUCCCCGGAAUUUACGCUCCAACAAUGACAUUCUUCGAUCCCGAAACCGAGGAGCUGGACAUCCCUAUCAUCAAGAAACAUGCAAUCCGACUUGUGGAAGCUGGGCUCGUAGGACUAGUGACUAUGGGCUCGAACGGCGAGGCAGUCCAUCUCUCCACUGCCGAGAAAUCAGCCGUCACGCGCGCAACCCGCGAAGCACUUGAUUCUGCCGGUUUUGGUCAAAUCCCCAUUAUAGUGGGUGCAUCCGAGGGUUCAGUCCGAGGAACUGUCGCACUCAUCAAAGAAGCCGAGAAGGCAGGCGGAGACUAUGUGCUUGUGCUCCCACCAUCAUAUUUCCGCGGCCUGAUGGACGAGGAGGCCAUCUAUAGCUACUUUAUGGAGGUAGCGGACGCUUCCCCACUGCCGAUCAUUCUGUACAACUACCCCGGUGCUGUUGCUGGGAUUGACAUGGAUUCAGAUCUCCUCAUCCGAAUUGCACAGCAUCCUAAUAUCACGGGGACAAAAUUCACAUGCGGGAACACGGGCAAGCUGACACGCGUUGCACUCGCCACAAAUGCCGUAACACCCUUCUCGAGAGGGAGCGGAUAUAUGGCAUUCGGCGGGAUGUGUGAUUUCACCGCGCAAACGCUCGUUUCUGGGGGGUCAGGCAUUAUCGCGGGAGGUGCCAAUGUGAUGCCCAAAACGUGUGUUAAGGUCUGGGAUCUGUAUACGGAGGGGAAGAAAGAAGAGGCAUUCGAGUUGCAGAAGGUGUUGAGCAAAGGUGAUUGGGUGCUCACGAAAGCUGCUAUUGCGGGAACGAAGAGUGCUAUCCAGUCAUACUUUGGGUAUGGCGGAUACCCUCGUAGGCCGUUGAAGAGAUUAGAUCAGGUGAAGACUCAGGGAAUUAGAGACGGCAUUGAGGAGGUCAUGAAGGUCGAGAAGAGUUUAUAGAAUGGUAAUAUGGAUGCUCGUGAGGUUUCUCGAUUACAAGUCACUCCUUUUUCGCAUUCCAUGAAGCUGGUCAGCAUUGUCUAAGGGAGAUAGACUGCAAAGCAGACAUCAUGGGAUGCGCCACGUUAUUGUUGGGACAAGGACCCCACUACGAAUUCAUUUUAACGAGCAUUCAUUGCCAUUCAACCAUGUCCCAUAUAUUCACCCUUUCAAAGCUCACUAACUCCCUCGCUAUGAAUAACAAACAACCCAA